UCGGGAUCCGCACCACAUCUCUCUUUCCCGCCUUGGCUGCUCCGCUGGCUUGACGGGGAUAAGAUCUUGGCGUUCUGGUCGUUUCAAGGGCUCCCUGGGCGACUUUAGUAAAAAGCCAACGCUUCCGCACCCUGAAUCUGGCAGCAAGAUACAUCUACCUUAUUCUUAGUUCGUCCUAUGGUCUAUUAGUUCCCGCACCCGAAGAAAAAGGCACGAGGACCACCCCUACCUACUCUCAGACCUACUACCUCUUGACAGCCCGUAUCUACAACACUUGCGCGGCAUUAGAUUGGUCUCGAACGGGAAGGAGUGAUCCGCCUACAGAAACCCAUUUGACUCGGCCGCCUUGCUGUUUUUGACAUUGUAUAUUGGGGAGGAUCACCUUGUCUCGUUUUCUCUUUUGAGAUAUCCCCGAACCCUUCCUAGAUUUGAUCGUCACGCGACAGCUAGUUGGAACUUGUUUUCACCCUUUCGCCCCAUUUUGCGUGGCAUGUCACUCCUUUGACCACCAUUGAUAUCAGCAGCCCAGCAAGCCUAUUCAUUGUCCUGUUUCACCUCGUCAUAUACCUUUUUGUCUUUUCUACUCGUUUUGUUGAUACCCCCUUCAGCGACAUUCUCGGGCGAAAUCAGCUAGCUACGUUUGUAGCACCCCAACUGGCCUCACCUACCUACCUACCAACCAAACCUCGACCCACACAGGGCAACUUUCUGAACGCACACCUGGAUCUACCGGCUUUUAGUGCCUUUACCAGGUGAAGGAAACCAGAAGAUCCCUCCUGGCUUCCUACACAUUCAACAAUCCGCCACAAUGAAAUUCGCAAAGAGUCUCGCCCUUCUGUUACCUUUACUGCAGGUCACAGCAGCACUUCCACAACCAGACCAGCCGCAGUCAGGAAAGGUGUUGCGAGCAGAAGAGUCCGCGGCAGCACCAGCAGCACCAAAAGCACAACUGCAGCAGAAGAAGGUAACAGAACAGAAGAAAGAGGACCCAGAGGAGAAGAAGACAGACAACAAGUACUUCCACGAGCCCGGUGGCGAUGAGGUUCUCGGCCACUACGAUAUUCGGUACUUUAAGGAACUAGUCCCGUACGAGGAGCACCGGCCAGCAUUGCGACACUUGAUUCGCAGCUAUUUGACCGUCUUCAGAGAGCUCGGUAUCGAGACGUGGAUCGCCCAUGGCACGCUUCUCGGCUGGUGGUGGAACGGGCGCAUCAUGCCUUGGGAUUACGACCUCGACGUUCAGGUGUCAAGCGCAACCCUUUACUACCUAGGAAAGCAUUACAACAGGACCACCCACGAGUACUCGUACGUCGAUCCCGUUGACGGUCAGACGCGCAACAAGACGUAUCUACUGGACAUCAACCCACACCACAUCGAGCGGGAUCGUAAUGACGGUAUGAACGUCAUCGAUGCGCGCUGGAUCGACAUGUCUAAUGGCAUGUUCGUCGACAUUACCGGACUGGCUGAGCGUGAGCCUGGAAAGAGCCCGGGAAUCUGGAGCUGCAAGAACUACCACCGAUACCGAACCCGCGACCUGUACCCGAUGCGAGAGUCCGAGUUCGAAGGUGUGCCGGCCACUAUUCCGUAUAGCUUCGAUCGUAUUCUUACUGAAGAGUAUGGCGUUAAAAGCUUGGUAACUACCGAGUACAUGGGUCAUCGCUGGGAACCUGAUCUCAAGGAAUGGAUCCGGGUGCAGCAGGGGCAACCCUAGAUUUUCAAAGCGGAUACCUUACAUCCGCGUACUUGACUGUAGGGGGACAAACCUCCCUCUUUUUUGCCGAGCGCAUUCUCAACCCAAUAUACGGCCUACGCUGGGCCUCUCCAACCAGCGUCGCUACCGAAGCGAAACACCAUGACCUGGGAUCAGGCACACCCACAAUAUCGACGUGGAAUUUGUCCUCAUAGAUGGGAACAGCUACGUCGAGCCAAGGGAUGGAAUAGUCACCAGAUGCGAGCGUCAGAUCUCCAUCUUGGCUGAGUAAACGGCGUCAACUGAACAUGAGCAUUUACAUGGCGUUAAUUUUUUGUUGGAUCUGUCACCAACCGGUUCUUUCAUCAGCAUCAAACCGAAUGCAUCACAGAGAACAGUAUGGAUAUAGCAUUUGCAUACUCUAUUUUUUUAACUUUUUGUUUCUAAUUUCUUUUGUCCAUGGGGACUCUGAUUCGGGCGUAUUUAGCGUCUUGCGUGCCGGUCGGGGUGGAUUGUCUGUAUAUAUUUAUUUUCCUAUUCAGAGAACGAGGAUAUACGUACAUUAUCUUCAAGGGUUUCUUGCUGGCGUCAUUUAAAUACUUUCUGCAUGUGGUCAAGGUGAUCAACGGGUGCUUGCGGUCCAUACAUUGCCGUUAAUCUACUGGAUCCUGAAAAUAUAGAGACAAACGGGUUCUUUUCAACUCUGUCAAAUAAAC